CAUUAACAUUACCAACUGUAGCUUCAAGUAAUGAAUGGGUACAUCAUUGGAUGUUAGUUGUGUUUUAACUAAUCAGGACAUUGUCCCAUACGGUAAACCAUCCUUUGCAUGCGGGUUAAUUUUAGACGUAUAUGGACAAAUCACACAUCUCAAAUCAGUGAGUAAAAAGAAAAUCAGGUGGAACACCACGCUUUGAUGAUUCUACAUGCGGAACAUGCGCUUUGUGAUAUCCGAAAGCGGGAAGUGAAGAAGGGACAUGGGUGGUAUCACAAAGUCUCUGUCUCACCUCAAAGUUGCAUUUCGGAGAAGGAACUAAUACAAACAUUCUUUGCCUUCUCGAAUCAUGCGACUUAUGGCAUCAGCCACCCCGUAUCGACAACAAUUAGGAUAGAGAGUAAAAACUGUCUGACUACUUGGGAAAAUUCCAGGUUGACUUGCUUUAAAAGACAGCAUACCAACACAAUGAGCGGACUCAAGUAUAUUUGGCCGGACAAGCCGGACAAACCCGAAGUCACCGAAUCGCCCAUCUUUGAAGCAGACAAGCUCAUCCAUGCAGCGGCGACAUGGGCAAACGAGAUGCACAGGAGCCUUUCCGGGAUCCGCGAAAAUACUUCCCGGUACCUCUUCUGGACAUUUCUGUUCUGCAUGAUAAUCACCAGCCUCCUGCUUCUACACACGCUAAACUCGCUGUGGUACCAGCUCGCCGAGCUGAACACGCACCAGUCGACAUACAAACAGAUGUGGAUCGAGGAGCGCGAGGAGAUGGCUGCACAUAUCGAGCGGGACGUGGAGACACGGGCCGCCAUGUUCGAGCAGCUUACGAGGCAGCUUUCUGCCGCGGUGCAUGCGCAACCACAUGGUCCCGGCCAGCAACAACAGAGAAACUGGCAGUACCCAAGUUAUCAAGGCUCGACGCGCGAUGAGGACAGGAGGCAGAUAUUACAAGCGGCUAUGCGUGAGGCCUAAUGGACCUGGAUGAUCUUGCUGAUCUUGGUGAUUUCACAAGAAUCACACGAAAUAAGUUAUGACUCUUGGAUUUUGCGGGCGGCGAGGAAGAGCGGCGAAGGCGUGCUUGAUUGGACUUUCAUAACAGUCCUUACGAUUAAUAGCCUCUGCAAAAUCCAAGUCGCCGCUGUGAGAACCUACAAAACAUGUGCUUGGACUUAUCUCCCCAAUCAAUUGCAAGAGGACCGAUCUCAUGUUUGGUUGUUUGGUGCGAAGCAACGACGAAUGCAAAGUCUGGCUCAGCCUUGCCUCCCUGCAGAUGGCACAAUCAUUCGUACCAGAUCUCAUUGGUUGUCGCGACGCAUGUGCGUCCAGUAGAGGCCCCUGUCGUCGUGAAAUGCAU